AUGGCCGCCCAAGAGUACAAGCUUAAGGGCCUUACCUCGCUCUCCAUCUCGCCCGGCUCCAAGCAAGAGGUCGAGGUCGAGGGAAUCGAAGAUGGCAAGGUACUUCUUGUCAAUGCCGGUGGCCACAUCCAAGCUCUUGGCUCAAGAUGCACCCAUUAUGGUGCUCCCUUGGUCAAGGGUGUACUGACCGGCUCAGGCCGAUUGACCUGCCCAUGGCACGGAGCCUGCUUCAAUACCCGGACCGGGGAUAUUGAGAGCGCCCCCGCACUCGACGCCCUGCCCGCGUUCAAGCUCGCCGAACGCGACGGCGCCGUCUACGUCACCGGCGACGAAGCCACCAUCAAAAACUCCCGCCGCCGACCCAACUUCAGCUGCAACGUUGGCGCCACGGCCAAACACGAGGGCCACAUCGUCAUCGUCGGCGGCGGCUCCGGCGCCAUGGGCGCCGUCGAGGGCCUCCGCGAAAAGGGCUUCGACGCUCCUAUCACCAUCAUCUCCAACGAGGGCUACCUGCCCAUUGACCGUCCCAAGCUGAGCAAGGCCCUCAUCGCCGACGCCGCCAAGCUCGCCUGGCGCGGCAAGAGCUGGUUCGACGCCGGUUCCGUCAGCUGGGUAGACGGCGAGGUGGACAACGUCGACUUUUCCGCCCGCACCGUCCGCACCAAGAGCGGCAGCUCUCACUCCUACACCAAGCUCAUCCUCGCCACCGGCGGCACCCCGCGCCUACUCCCCCUGCAGGGCUUCAAAGUUCUCGGCAACAUCUUUACGCUGCGCAGCGUGCACGAUACGAAAAAGAUCAACGCGGCCAUUGGGGAGAGCAAGGGCAAAAAGAUUGUCGUUGUCGGCUCCUCGUUUAUCGGCAUGGAGGUGGCCGGCGCCACCAGCAAGGACAACACCGUCACCGUAGUUGGCAUGGAAAAGGUGCCCCUGGACCGCAUCCUCGGCGAAAAAGUUGGCGCCGCCAUCCAAAAGACGUUUGAAGGCAAAGGCGUCAAGUUUCAUAUGAAUGCUGGCGUCGACAAGGCCGAGCCCUCUGGCUCCGACCCAUCCAACGUUGGCGCCGUCUACCUCAAGGACGGGACCAGGAUCGAGGCGGACCUCGUGAUUCUCGGCGUCGGUGUCUCUCCCGCCACCGAGUACCUGCGCGACAACCCGGUCCUUCGUCUCGAGGAAGACGGCUCGCUCAAGACGGACGAGAAUUUUCUGGUGCAGGGACUCAAAGACGUCUACGCCAUUGGCGACAUUGCAACAUACCCGUACAACGGCCCCGGCGGCGACGGCAAGCACACCCGCAUUGAGCACUGGAACGUGGCGCAAAACGCCGGUCGCUCGGCCGCCCAGCACAUUGUCAACCCCGGCUCCCCGGCGCCGUUCUUUGUCCCCGUCUUUUGGUCCGCGCUCGGCGCGCAGCUGCGGUACUGCGGCAAUUCGGGCCCGUCUGUCGGUGGAUGGGAUGAUUUGGUUCUUCAGGGCGACCUUGAGCAGAGCAAGUUCAUCGUCUACUAUACCCGUGGGGACACGGUGGUGGCGGCCGCCAGCAUAGGCAUGGAUCCCGCCGUGAUGCAGACGGCAGAGUUGAUGCGCGUAGGCAGGAUGCCCGGCAAGGCAAUGCUACAGGCUGGCCACGAUGUCUUGAGUGUGAAUCUCUCCGAUUAA